GGGGGGGGCAACUGAGACCGGGCAGCUCGUGACACACGUGGUGCAGCCAUGGCCGAGUAUCGCAGCCUGCUGGAGGAGCUGGCGCAGAACAUCACCGCCGAGGACCUGGAGCAGCUCAAAUCCGCGUGCAAAGAGGACAUCCCCAGCGGGGAGGGGGAGGCCAUCGCCACCAGCCAGCACUGGUUCGCCUUCCUGGAGAAACACAGCAAGCUGGACAAGGCCAACCUGUCGUACAUCGAGCACAUCUUUGAGAUCUCGCGCCGCCCCGAUCUGCUCACCAUGGUGGUUCAGUACCGCACGCAGGUGCUGAAGAUCUCGGAGGAGGAUGAGGUGGACACCAAACUCACCCGCAUCCCCAGCGCCAAGAAGUACAAGGGUGAGCCCCCCCGGCCCAUCGCCCUCCCUUGCUGACCCCAAAACCCACCCCAGAUGCCGCCCAGUGACCCCCGAUGAUUGGGGAGGGGGACCGUGGGUGGGGGACCCCUUUCCUGACCUCAAAACCUACCCCAAACCCAUCCCAAUGACACCCAGUGGUUGGGGUAGGUAACCCCAAAACUCACCCCAGCCCCAUCUCAGUGACCUCCAAUGGUUGAGGAGGGGAACCACAGGUGCGGACCCCCUUCCUGACCCCCAACUGCCUCCCUGAACCCCACCCCAGUGAUCCCCAAUGGUUGGAGUGGGGGACUGUGGGUGGGGGACCCCUUUCCUGACCUCAAAUAC